AUGGCUUAUGCCGGUCAAGGGGGGGGUGUAUCGGGUCCGAGAAUUUUUGGGAUACAGAGACGGGCCAAGGAGCAUCGGGAUAUUGUGCGACGAAGAAAAUCUCGAGGCCAGCUUGGCUUGCAGACGAAGCGUAAGGUCGACGACAUUUGGGCACAUCGCCGUAUUUCUCACGUCGAUAUCGAGGAAGUUCGUCUUGCUAUCCUCACUGUACUGCCGUAUCCGAAGUACUUCAUUCACAGCGCAUCCUGCCACGUCCCGUACCUCCUUAGCCUAGCGGAGGCGAUAGAGGUUAUCUACCUCGGAACUAUCGCGCCUGUCAAGGAUGAUCCCUUACGGUCUUGGGCCAGAGAGUACGGGUUCAAGCUGAGACCACGUUCUAUGCCGCCUCCCCCUUUCGAAGGCCUGAACCGAGCCUUGCCACUCAAGCAAUCGACACCCCACUUUGGUUCUAUCAACGCAAGAGAAUUUUGGACACCAGCUGAAGUCAUGACGUUCAUCGACGUGUUCGCCGAACAUCAGCAUCAGAUCUAUAGCGAACUUGCCCCGGGCGAUAAAUGGGAUACGGUGGUCAAGCUGUUAGAGCGGCAAGGACUUUCGAAGAACAGCAGACAAGUUCGGCUGUUGUACAUUCAGCUGUCACAGGAUCGAACCGCGGGGCUAGUAACAUCCAGUGUUUACAUGUGGCAACAGCAUUGGCACGGGCUCGUGGCAUUGAAAGACUUUCUACAGAGUAGAAACCUCGUUACCGAGCCCAAGGACGAGAACGAUCUUUUUUUCCACAUUCCAGAAUUCGAGCAGAAGCAAGUAUACACGCCUGAUCGCGUUAAUCAAUUUCUGCAGAGGGAGGGAUUCCAUUGGCCAUCAACUCAGCGGUUUCAAAUGCUAGUGGGCUCCAAUCUAGCACACCUUCUGCAUAAAGAAGUUUGGGAGAAAAUCACACACUCAUUCUAUCUGAACGAAGAGAUUAGACUGACGCCUGUUCUUUCCUCAGCCGGUGCACCUCCAAUGAUGCGUCUCCAGAGAUGUAAACCAUUGAAGCGACAAAAUCCCUACUUGUGGGAGCGAAUCCAGACAGUCGUCAUGUAUUCUCUACAAAGGCGAGUCAAACAGUGGCACACCAGCGCUGCUAUUUCGUCAUGGUCGUGGCCGCCCCUCUGCUGGGUCUGGUACCAGACGAGAGCACAACUCUACGCAGAUGGUAUACCUCUCGACCGAAUCCCACUCGGUGGGCCCCUAGACCUAUUGAAGCUCUGGCGCGAUGCAGUUCGUGAUGGCUUGGCACAUAGCGUAGAGCCACUUCCACCUUGGACGUAUGAUCCAUUGCUAGAUCCGGAUUCGCCUCGCUACAUUUCGAACACACACGAGAUGCAUAUAGGAGUACCUGAGUAUAGAUAUUGCGGCCCACCUGAUUUGGAAACUCAAGCUUCAGACACGGAGGAGGAAGCCAUCGUGGAGAGCCAAGCAGAGAUGGAUUAUGAAUGGGCGUCGGAUUUGCCAAAAUAUCAGGCUUUGACGCUAUCCUGGCUUGGCCCAGAAGUAAUUGAGAGACAGAGCGCGUUAGCCGCGGCCGCAACAGGUUCUUCCAUUUUCUGCCGGAAAACGUUGCUUCCACCACUUGUGAUGGGCUACUUGCGCGUGUCCUCACUCAGGGUUCUUGUCUGCAUCAUGCGAGACUUUCACAAAAGAACAUUUGAUGAAACAACUAACUCGAACUCUCUCGACCUCACCGACAACGCAUUUUGGAAGUCCUUGUUUAUUGGGGGUCUUGACCAGUCUUGGGGUAUCAAAGACGCUAGAACGCUGCAGAGCCGAUUUGGCUGGGUCCUUGACCUCAUCCGAACUGGACAAUUGCCGCCUGAGGCAAGUCUCGUCGCGAACAUAUUGAAGGAGGUUCUCGCAGAUACCAUCCUCCAAUCUACGCAACACCCAUACACCUAUGAUGUAGAAUACAAGGCUACGAGAUACCUCAAUCCGGACCUGUCGCCGCAAUGGGUUGAAAGACUUUUGAGGAGGCUCGACGUAACAUCAGCUAUCUUAGCCUGUCUAGAAAGACACGAGGUGGAUUUCGGAUGCGGCUGGAUAUUUGAUGUGUAUGGGAUCCUGAUACCACACGUCUGGGAAGAGUUCAUGUUCGAACACGAUUAUGGUGCAGCUCUUUGUGGCACUCGUUCUAAGGAUGAUACGCUCCUCGAUAUGUCGAGCUCGCAUUCGCAACCUUCUUCAGGCGACAGCGAUGUAGCACCCCCUUCACCCGGUGCUAACGUAACCAGUAGGACGAUUACCAUGCCUGUGCUGAAGCCUUCAGAAAAUACAAGUUCGUCAUCAAGGAAACGAGUUGGUGCGAACCAAGUCUCGUCAGUCACAAAGAAGGCUCGAGAAUGCCCAGAUACUAUUGUUCAAUCUUUGGCUAUUGCACUCACCACGGCAGUGGACAACGUGUCUGUAUUAAAGCCGGAUCAUCAAACUAAUAAUCUUGUUAGCUCGCCUUCCGAAAAGGCUGAGCAUCCGAUUCAGGAUGCGAAAGAGCCUGAGAUACCGAGCGCGAUCUGCACACCUUCCUUGAACUCGGGCGCUGUCGCUAAGCGCUCAAAGAUAGUCCGUUUCAGUCGCCAAGAAGAGGAUUUCUUGAGAAUUCUUAUCGAACAAGCUCCAAGCUGGGCGUCCAUUGCGAAGCAAAUGAACGAGCGCUUUGGUACAAACCGAACUCCAGGGUCGUGCGAAUCGAAGUCAAGACGUAUCGGUGCCCACCGCAAUUUCAAAGUCAACUGGAGUGAAGAAGAACGCAGGCUCUUAACCGAUGUUUGUCGUCAAUACCAGACCCGAUCCAGCAGAAUGGCCGCAUUAAAAGAAUUGGGACUGAAUAGAAAAGAAACCUCCAUUGAAGCAAUGGCCGACAACCUUGGUCUAACCAGGAAAACGAAAAAGCCAUUGACUCGAGAGAAUAGUGCCUUAGGAGCACAUCCAUCAAGAGGAAAGGGAGCCUCAGGAGCACUACCAAGGAUAAAGGAAGCCUCAGGAGUACAGUCAGCAAGGAGAAAGGUAGAAACAGCGCUCGUCUCAAAGCCUGCGGUCACCAGAGCUUGGACUGACAAAGAAGAUGAGCUUAUUCGAGCUGUCUGUAAGGAAUCCGGUGAUUGGGACAUUGUCUUUGACAAAUUCCAAGCUGAAUUUGGUUCCCUCAGAAGCCUGGUCGCUCUAAAGCGGAGAGCUCAGAGGAACGGUGCUGUCGUUGCUGUCGACCGCGUAGCCUGGUCAUUAGAGGAAAUUACCUUUCUACAGGAUAAUUUAUCGUCGAGAAACUAUAAAGUGACCGCCCAAGAAUUUACUGAAAAGUUUCAAAACGGACGCAGCAAAAGCAGCAUUGUCCAUAAGCUGCAAAGACUGAUGAAUCAACAUGGAGUCAAAGAAAGCUUGAUGCAAAGGUUUACCAAAGAAGAAUUGGCUUUCCUCAAGAACCUAGAGCCAGCUGAUUUUGAGAAUGAGGAUUGGGUGGCCAGGUAUCACCGGAGGUUUGGUCCGAGCCGAACUCGCAAGAUGCUCAUCGACAAAUUGCGACUGGAAGCCAAAAAGCAAGAUCCGCCUAAUGGGGGCUAA